AUGAAUUUUUAUUCGUGCGAGAUUCAUCAAAAAUUUUGGUUGCAGGGUCAAACACCAUCAGCGCCGGUUGUAUUUACCACUGAGCCAGAAGCGACAUCGAAAGAGAAAGAAAAGCGCAGUCGUAGUAGCAAAAAAGACAAGAGCAAAACAAAGGAGCAGAGGAAGAAGGAGAAGAAUGCCGAGAAACAUAAAACGCAGAUGGAGGAAAGUGCUCAGUAA